UUUUAACCACACGCUUUUGAUCAGGGUGGUUAUACCUUCAAUUCUAAACUUUUUUUUUUUUUAAUAACAGAACAAAUGUUGCAGGUUUAACUGGAGCAAAAAAAAAAAAAAAAAUGAACGAGUCACAACCUCGUCACAUGAAACGGGUCGGCUCCCUACGACAUCAUUCCUUUCUUCUGCAAACUCCCACUGCUAGCGCCAAUGAGAGAGAAGCAGCCGACGUGAUUUUAAUUUCUCUGCUGGCUGACGCAUGCAAUUAUCCAUCUCAGUUGGUUAGACAGCAGCGUUGCAAUGUGGAGGGGUGUCUGCAGACCACUCAACACCCUGUCGGACAGCCUCAUCUCCGGGGCGAGGGGUGCACGCUAUGCCCGCUGCAGAACUGCCCCGAUCCGCGGCUUCAGCGCUGGCAAAGGCGAUGACUUUUUCAAAGACGUGGAGUCGGAGUUGAAGAAGUUCCGUGCGAAGGCGGCAGCGGCCCUGCCCGGCAGUGAUUGGACCCCGCUGGCAGUGAACCCGGCUCUGCCCCCCGAGCGCGCCGACGUGGUCAUCGUGGGCGGGGGGGUGGUGGGCUGGUCCGUCGCUUAUUGGCUGAAGAAGAAGGAGCGGAUCCGAGACGGCGUGAGGGUGGUGGUGGUGGAGAGAGACCCCACGUAUUCGCAGGCCUCCACAGUGUUGUCGGUGGGAGGAAUUCGGCAGCAGUUCUCCAUGCCGGAAAACAUCCACAUGUCCAUGUUCUCCAGUGAUUUCAUGAGGAACAUCAAUGAGCACCUUGAUGUGAUGAACGAGGACCCUGUCGAUCUGCAGUUCAACCACGCCGGGUAUCUCUUCUUAGCCAGUGAAAACGGAGCAGAGAUCAUGGAGCACAAUUAUAACAUCCAGAGGGGUGAAGGAGCAAAAGUCAGCCUGCUUUCACCAACGCAACUGAAGAAUAAGUUCCCAUGGAUCAACACUGAAGGAGUGGUCUUGGCUUCAUAUGGUAUGGAGAAUGAGGGCUGGUUUGACCCCUGGGCACUGCUCAACGCGUUCCGAAAGAAGGCCAUCUCUAUGGGCGUGUACCAGUGCUUCGGAGAGGUGACAGGCUUGCAGUGCUCGAGUCGGGAGAUGAUGACCGCAGGGGGAGAGCCAGUGGAGUUCAAACGGAUUCACCACGUUAUUGUGAGGAUGCCAAACAGUUUGGAGUUCCAGCCGGUGGAGUGUGGUUUGGUGGUGAACGCAGCAGGCGCCUGGUCUAGGAAGGUGGCAGAGAUGGCCGGGAUUGGCACCGGAUGCAAAGACACCAUGGCGGGCAUACCGUUACCCGUGGAACCCAGGAAGAGGUACGUGUACGUGUUCCACUGCCCGAACGGGCCGGGUCUAGAGAUGCCCCUGCUGAUUGACCCCAGUGGAGCCUACGCCAGGAGGGAGGGGCUGGGAGGAAACUUCUUGGGGGGGCUGUCCCCCAGCGAGGAGGAGGAACCGGAUGCCAGCGAUCUAGAGGUGGAUCAUGAUUUCUUCCAGGAGAAGGUGUGGCCCAAGUUAGCCCACCGAGUGCCAGACUUCCAGAACAUCAAGGUGAAGAGUGCCUGGGCUGGUUACUAUGACUACAACACCUUUGACCAGAACGGCAUCCUGGGAAUCCAUCCGCUGGUCAACAACAUGUACCUGGCCACUGGCUUCAGCGGCCACGGCCUCCAGCAGUCUCCGGCCACGGGGAGGGCGCUGGCUGAACUCAUCCUGGACGGGGGUUUUCAAACCCUGGACCUCGCCGCUCUGGGGCUCGGGCGACUCUUCUCAGGGGUGAGAGCGCUGGAGAGGAAUAUCGUGUAAGCCCCAGGCUGCUGUGAGGCCUCACUGCCACAUCCUGUGUCUUUGUUGCAGCUCGCUGCUCAGUCCAUUCACUUCAGAUUCAUUUACCUCCUAACGUAACUCUCCCCCAGGCUAUUUUCUGAUGUGAGUUCUGAUCUGGGAUAUGCCACUGUUACAUCAGUAAUGAUGUUAAUUUGAACACCAAAGCGAAGCUAAAUCACACAUGUGCAUGUGGUUCAAACAGCACUAUAUUUAACUGAUUGCCAUCAAACUAAAUGAGAAGUAGUCCUGCAGUAACUGCACGCUCCCUAGGGAUCACACGUAUACACUCCUACCCAGAAUUUAACAAGGUCAUGCCAGCAAAUACAAUGGACUUUACAGAUCCUCACCCGGUCCAGUAAUCUGGACAUCUUUAUCUAUUCUUGAUACGUUCACCCAGGAUCGAUAAUCAUCUUUCAGGACACUGGUCACUUACUUGUAACUAAGCC